UUCGCUAAUAAUCUGUGGCAUUUUCGUUACGCUGGAGAGGAAACGAAUAAAUAGACGAGCGCUCACCAAAACUGGCAUUAUUCUCACUGCAAUAAUUGAAGCGACUAGUACUCAAGACGAUUCCUCAUGCAUCUCCCAACUUACCUUACGCUCAUAGGAGCUGCGUUGCUCGUGGCGCAUUUGAAAGGUGUCGAGUCUUUCGCUCUCGACCGCACCGCCAGUGGCGACGCUCGUCGUGAGUCCGUAGAAAACGUGGAGAAGGCACUCAAUCAGACUACAACGGAAGAUUCUGAUGAAUCUGAAGAUGCUCGAGACUCUUCUUCUGAAGAGCAAGACAACAUCGUGAAGAGAAGUGCCCAGUUUUCAAGGAACUCUGAUGAAUUCGACAACGUCUCGUUCGAAAUUGACGAUCGCCGCUUUUUCCAGCAAAAUGCACCAACUCAAACGUUCCAACCGACGCGAUCCAUUUUGGUAACUCCACAAAUCACGCGGGUUACACCAACGCGAGUGCCAUCGCUCCCCGAUCGACUGCCAGUGCCCAUCAGCUUAAGAAAUUUGCCAAUCAGGCAGUUUGAUGAUGACGAUUCGAGGGAGACCAUCAGAACUGGAGUUGUUGCUACGCCAGUCCAGCAAAUUGCUCCGGUCAGAACGACGGGUCUACCCGAUCGACUUCCAGUACCGAUCGGCUUCAGGAAUCCAAUUCUGAGGCAAACAAUCGAUUUCGAUGAUGAUUCCAUUGAAAUAACGGACCGUUUCAUCGCACCCGCUCAGCCAGCAACUAUUUCAACCCAAACGGCCACUGUUAAUCGCGUGGUCAAUGCUAGAAGACCAAACAUUUUCAGGCAAUCUGAUGAACGGGACGACGUCUCUUUGGAAGUGUUCAGCGUCAAUCAAAACGGACAACUGCAACAGGCCAUCCGCCCGAUCCAGACAACGAACAACGGAGCUCAACUCAUUCAAAAUGUCCGCCGAGUCGUCGUGACUGCCACUCCUCAAUUGCAAUCACCAGCUGCGGUCGUGACUCGAACGCCUACGACAGCCGUAACUAACGUCGACCUAGUUUUCACCAAUUCGGCCGAACGCGAUGAUUUCUCCGACGAAGUUAUACGAUCCAGCUUGGCCUUUUUCGCCACACCGAUCACGCCGACUCCUCCAACCCAAACGGCAACUGCUGCAAACCGAUUACAAAUACCCACGGGUUUCAUAAAUCAAAACACAAGGCCAUUGAACGCCAACAUCAACCGCGUCGCUGCUACUCCCGCUCCCAUUAGCCGAAUCGUCCCUGCCCAAACAGUUAACCGAGUUAUACCGAUUCAGGCAGUUAGCCAAAAUGUCCCCGUCCAAACGGUUAAUCGAAAUGUUCCCAUUCAAACCGUUAACAGGGUAACUCCAACUCAAGCGAUUAGCCAAAAUGUCCCCGCCCAAACGGUAAAUCGAAAUGUUCCCAUUCAAACAGUUAACAGGGUAAUUCCAACUCAAGCCCUUAGCCAAAACGCCCAAGUCCAAACGGCCAAUCGAAUCGCUCCCGUUCAAACAGUUAACAGAGCGACUCCGGCUCAAGCUGCUGCUCCAAUUGCCCCGACUCAAACGGUUAACCGAGUUAUUCCAACUCAAGCAGUGAACCGAAUUGUCCUGACUCAGAAUGCCCCACAAAUUGUAGCAACCCAAACUGUGAAUCGAGUUGCGCCCACCGUGGGCCUACCCAAUCGCUUGCCUGUACCGAUCGCUUUCCGAAACGUAGUUUUCAGACAAACGAUUGAUUUAGAUGACGAUUCCAUUGAAAUCAGAGAUAGGAAUGUUUUCUUGCCGGUUAACACCAACAAUAACGGUCAAAUUCAAACGAUAAAUGUAGCCAGCAGACCGGUUCUUUCACAGGACUUCGACGAUGACUCCGUGGAACUGGAACUGAUUAAUCCCGUUCGAAAUCAACAGGCCGCGCCUGCCCAACGGGUUGCGCAACCCGCCGCAGUCAAUCCUGUUCAGGCGACGGGCAAUCAAGGCCAGCAAUUUGUCCUGCGAUUGGACGACGACUUCUCGCGGGAGGAUAACCGUGACGAUGAUUUCGAUGACGACAACACUUUCUUUCUGGAAGAUCAACUCGGCAAUGCCGAUAACUUCCGUCUCCUGGCAACCGAUUUCUUUUUACAGCCGGACACCAACCGAGCCCCGUCGGUGCGCAGCGUGAACAACCGAAAACAAGCCCAAGAUUACGACGAUGACUAUUCAUUGGAAAUGAAUUUGACACCCGUUCAUUUAGACGAGGCGGAUUUGAAAGAAGAUCCAGUUCAAGAGUCCGAUGAUUGGUUCCUCGUCAAGCAGUACAUGAAUCACGAUCAUUCUUCGGAGGAAUUGGAAGGUGAUUUAGCCAGAGAAUAUUUUUGGGAACCCGUGAAAGAUACGAACAAGAAGACGGACGUGGCUGAUGAUAAAACAGCCUAGAAUGAUAUGAGCGUGAUCUCCCCCCCCCCUCCUGUGACGCCAGUGAUUUGACCACUAGCUUUCCACACGAAUAAUUAAUAUAAUUGGUUUCGUUUUAAUUUUAAAUAUUUGAAUUCGGCUGUAUGAUGUUGUAAUAAACCAAGGGUUCUAUUUA